GGUAGAAACAUUUAUAUCUACAAAAUAUCUCAUUUAAUUUUAGGCGUCAACUUUGUCCAAUAAGGAAAUGGAAUCUAGUUCAUCAGACUACUACACUAAAGACAACGACAAUGAGGAGGAAAGUUUGCUUGCAAACGUUGCUUCAUUAAGACAUGAACUCAAAAUAACAGAAUGGAGUUUGCACAAUUUAGGGGAAGAGUUAUCCAGUGUUAGUCCAAGUGAAAAUUCUGAUUAUGUCUGCAAUCCUUCAAGAUCUGAAAGGCUUAUUUUGGAAGAACUCACCCAACCUAGACUCCUGGGACGUUUGAUUUACCCACCUUAUAAGAAAGUUUGUAAAACAUCUGAUAGUACUGAUUAUCAAAAGAAACCAAGAGAUCAGGUGUCUUUUCCAUCUGCUUCUGUGGAUCAAGAGGUUAAAAGUCUUCGAGAGAGACUUCAUAAACUUAGACAACAGAAUGCCUGUCUGGUCACACAGAAUCAUUCCUUAAUGACUAAAAUAGAGUCUGUCCACUUUGAAUUGACACAAUCAAAAGCAAAAAUUGCUAUGCUUGAGUCUGCACAAGAGCAGGCAGCCAACAUUCCAAUCUUAGAAGAACAGAUUAUCAAUUUGGAAGCAGAAGUUUCUGCUCAAGAUAAAGUUUUGAGAGAAGCAGAAGAUAAAUUAGAGCAGAGUCAGAAAAUGGUGAUUGAGAAGGAACACAGUUUACAAGAGGCCAAAGAAGAAUGUAUAAAAUUGAAGGUGGACUUACUUGAACAGAGUAAGCAAGGAAAGAGAGCUGAACGACAAAGGAACGAAGCACUGUAUAAUGCAGAAGAGCUGAGUAAAGCUUUCCAGCUAUAUAAAGAAAAAGUGGCUGAAAAACUGGAAAAGGUUCAAGUUGAAGAAGAAAUAUUAGAGAGAAAUCUUAGUAACUGUGAAAAGGAAAAUAAAAGGCUUCAAGAAAUGUGUAAUCUGUAUAAAAGUGAACUUGAAAUUUUGAAAGAGAAAUUCAGGGAGUUAAAAGAAGAACAUUACAGUGGAAAAGAAAAAUUAAGGAUUAUGGCAAUGAAAAACUCAGAAGUCAUGUCACAGUUAACUGAAUCUAGACAAUGUAUUCUGAAGCUAGAGAGUGAGUUAGAGGACAAAGAUGAAAUAUUACGAGAAAAGUUUUCUUUAAUAAAUGAAAAUCGAGAAUUGAAGGUUCGUGUUGCAACACAGAACGAACGACUAGAGUUGUGUCAGCAGGACAUUGAUAAUUCAAGGGUGGAACUGAGGAGUUUAGAAAAACUGAUAUCCCAGAUGCCAUUAAAAAGAGAAAUAGUUGGCUUUAAGUCAUCUCUUUGUAAGCACCAGAUGAAUAGUGUUUCUAACAAGGAGGACAAGUACUUUGCCUGCUGUGAGGCUAAUAAGUUGAUGAUUUCUGAACUGAGAAUUAAGCUUGCAAUAAAAGAGGCUGAAAUUCAAAAGCUUCAUGCAAAUCUGACUGUGAACCAGUUGUCUCAAAAUGUUGCUAAUGAUAGUCAAGAAUGUGGCAAAGUAAACACUUUAGAAACAGAACCUGUAAAACUAGGUGGUAGUCAAGUUGAAAGUAUAAAGGAUCGAGAUCAGCAGAGUGUGAACAUGCAGUAUGAACGAGAGAAGCAGCGACUUGCUACUGGAAUAGAAGAACUGCGUGCUAAGCUGACACAGAUAGAAGCUGAGAAUUCUGAUUUGAAGGUUAACAUGGCACACAGAACUAGUCAGUUUCAGCUAAUUCAAGAGGAACUGCUAGAGAAAGCUUCAAGUGCUAGCAAACUAGAAAGUGAAAUGACAAAGAAAUGUUCUCAACUUUUAAUUCUAGAAAAACAGCUGGAGGAAAAAAUUAUUGCAUAUUCUUCUAUUGCUGCAAAAAAUGCAGAACUUGAACAGGAGCUCAUGGAGAAAAAUGAAAAAAUAAGAAGCCUAGAAUCCAAUAUCAACACAGAACAUGAGAAAAUUUGUUUUGCUUUUGAAAAAGCUAAGAAAAUUCAUCUUGAACAGCAUAAAGAAAUGGAAAAACAGAUUGAACAACUUGAAGCUCAACUAGAGAAAAGAGACCAACAAUUUAAAGAACAAGAAAAGACCAUGUCCAUUUUGCAACAAGAUAUACUGUGUAAACAACAUCACCUUGAAUCACUAGAUAGACUCUUGACGGAAAGUAAAGUGGAAAUGGAAAAAGAAAAUAUGAAGAAAGAUGAAGCUUUAAAAGCAUUGCAGAUUCAUGUAUCUGAAGAAACAAUCAAGGUCAGACAACUGGAUUCAGCAUUAGAAAUCUGUAAAGAAGAACUUGCUUUGCAUUUGAAUCAAUUGGAAGGAAAUAAGGAAAAAUUUGAAAAACAGCUGAAGAAGAAAUCUGAAGAGGUAUAUUGUUUGCAGAAAGAGCUAAAGAUAAAGACUCAUAAUCUUGAGGAGACGAGUGAACAGAAUGCCAUUCUGCAGCAUACUCUUCAGCAGCAGCAGCAGAUGUUACAGCAAGAGACCAUUAGAAAUGGAGAGCUGGAAGAUAUUCAGAGUAAACUCGAAAAACAGGUAUCAAAGCAAGAGCAAGAGCUUCAGAAACAAAGGGAAACUUCAACAGAAAAGUUGAGAAAAAUGGAAGAGAAAUACGAAACAGCCAUACGUGAUGGAGAUUUGAAAAGGCAAAAAAUUAUUGAGCUAACUAGUACUGCCAGGCAAGCGAAACUUGAGAUGGAUCAGUACAAAGAGGAGCUGUCUAAAAUGGAAAAAGAAAUAAUUCAUUUGAAACGAGAUGGGGAAAAUAAAUCCAUAAAUCUUUCUCAGUUAGAUAUGAUUUUAGAUCAGACAAAAACAGAACUAGAAAAGAAAACAAAUUCAGUGAAGGAGUUAGAGAAGUUACAACACCACACAGAAACUGAACUGACAGAAACCAUGCAGAAACGGGAAGCUCUGGAAAAUGAAUUACAGAACGCUCAUGGAGAAUUGAAAAGUACCUUAAGACAACUACAGGAAUUGAGAGAUGUACUACAAAAGGCUCAGUUAUCAUUAGAGGAAAAAUACACUACAAUAAAGGAUCUCACUGCUGAACUGAGAGAAUGUAAGAUGGAAAUUGAAGACAAAAAACAAGAACUUAGUGAAAUGAAUCAGGCACUUAAGGAGAGAAAUUGGGAGCUGAAGCAAAGAGCAGCUCAGGUUACACAUUUGGAUAUGACCAUUCGUGAACACAGAGGAGAAAUGGAGCAAAAAAUAAUCAAAUUAGAGGGUACCCUGGAAAAAUCAGAUUUAGAACUUAAAGAAAGCAACAAACAGAUAGAAAGUUUAAAUGAAAAGUUGCAAAACGCCAAAGAACAGCUUCGAGAAAAGGAGUUUAUAAUGCUCCAGAAUGAACAAGAGAUAUCUCAACUGAAAAAGGAAGUUGAGAGAACACAACAAAGGAUGAAAGAAAUGGAAAGUGUUAUAAAAGAACAGGAAGAGUACAUUGCUACCCAGUACAAGGAGGUUAUUGAUUUGGGGCAUGAAUUGAGGCUAACACAGGAGCAAAUGCAGAACACUCAUUCAGAACUGGUGGAGGCUCGUCGUCAAGAAGUCCAAGCACAGAGAGAAAUAGAUAGGCUUGCUGGUGAACUGGAGGAUAUAAAGACACUCUCUAAAGAGAAGGAAGCUCAUGGAAACCGUUUGGCUGAAGAACUAGGGGCCGCUCAAGUACGUGAAGCUCAUUUAGAGGCAAGAAUGCAAGCAGAAAUAAAGAAAUUAUCCUCAGAAGUAGAAUCUCUGAAAGAAGCUUAUCAUAUGGAGAUGAUUUUACAUCAAGAGAACCAUGCAAAGUGGAAGGUUUCUGCUGACUCUCAAAAGACUUCUGUUCAACAACUAAAUGAACAGCUAGAGAAAGCCAAACAAGAAUUAGAAGAAGCUCAGGAUACUGUGAGCAAUUUGCAUCAACAAGUUCAAGACAGGAAUGAAGUCAUUGAAGCGGCAAACGAAGCAUUACUUAUUAAAGAAUCAGAAUUAACCAGAUUGCAAGCCAAAAUUUCUGGACAUGAAAAGACAGAAGACACCAAGUUUCUAUCAGCUCCAUUUACAACAGAAAUUAUACCUGAUACUCAAGAUCAAAAGUUUGCCAAACAUCCUCAGAUUUCAUUCUUCAAAUGCAGAAAACUACGUCGCUCUAUUAGUGCCAGUGACCUUAGUUUCAAAAGUCAUGGUAAUGAUGAUCUCUCUGAAGAAUUGCUACAGGACUUAAAGAAAAUGCAAUUAGAGCAACCGUUGGCAUUGGAAAGUGGUCAUAAAGACCUACCUUUAGCCCAUUCAGAGUCAUUUAAACCUCUCUCAUAUAACCUAGAAGAUGAUAGUUCUGAAAGUAAUGACUUCAGUACUCUUAGUGGAAUGCUGAGAUACAUAAACAAAGAAGUGAGACUGGUGAAAAAGUCUUCUCUGCAAACAGCUGCUGGUUUAAAUCAGGGAGGAAAAUUGUAAUUAAAAGAAGAUGUCUAUUUCAUGAAAAAUGGAAUUGUUGGUACUGUACUGUUUAUUAUAUGUAUGUAGUGAAUAUUUCAUUGAAGCUGUUAUUUUAUUAUUUUUGAAUAAAUUUUUAUAUUUUAAUAUUCUAAAGAAACCUUUCUAAAAUAUACUUAUAUUUGUAGUGAAAAUUAAGUCAAUUUAUUGAUUUUUUUGGUGAAAAUUACUGUGUUCUUUGUCUUUGUCUUACAUAACAAUAAUUGCUAAAAUAUCUAAAAGUACAUUUAGUAUUUGCAUUUUGAGUCAUACUAUUAUAUUUUCUGCUAUUUUUUCAAAUAUUUACUUGUAAUAAUACUUUUAUGAAUUUACAAAUCAUUGUGUGAUAAGUUCUUAAGACUUGCUGGGUGUUUGCUGUUUAUUAUUUAAUAUUUUAGAUUCUUUAUAUUUUGAAACCUAUUUAAUCCUCAGAACAGCCUGAUGAAGUAGAUAUGGUAUUAUUUCUGUUUUUAAAUAGAAUUAUUUAACAUGGUAGAAUUAUAUGUUCUAAAGAAAGUUAAUCACUGUGAGUUAAGUGAUAGUUUUGAGUUAGUGACUCCAUUUAUACGUGAUUAGCACUAAGUGUUGAACAUUGAAACCUUAAUGUGUUACUAGUCACUAUGUGGGUGCUGAGAGUCAAACAGGUCCUCUGGAAGAGGAGCCAGUGCUCCUAACCAUGGAACCAUCUCACCAGCCCUAUCCAUUCAUAUGUCAGUAGUACCAUCUGAGUAACACCAAUUUAGAAACUCUAGAACCAAAACGUAUAUUUGAAAGUUUAAAACACCCAAUAUUUGAAAGUUUAAAACACCUAAUAUGAGCCUAACAGAAACAAUGACAAUUGGCAAUGACAGAAAUAUUAGUUGACCUAAAGACAGUUGACUAGAAAAUAUUCAGUCUGA